CGCUCACCACCUCCAUAUCCACAUACAAUCUCGCCUUCGAGUAGUUGCUGUUCGCCCAACUCGACAUCUGCAACCACUCUUGUUCAACUCUUCGACUUGGAAUCUUCUCUUGGCUCGUAAAGGGGAACCAAACAUGAGUGCCCAGGACAGCAGCUCUGGAGGCGUGACCAGCAGCCCGACAGUCGAGCCCACCACGUCCCCGUCCAACUCGCCCACUCACGACUCUACAACCACUACGCCCUCCCAGCCCCCAAGCUCGAGCACCACAACCACAGAGCACUCUACUACUACUACCACUACCGAGCCCCCCUCGAGCACCACCACCACCUCAAACCCUCCUACCACAACCUCGGCCACACCCACCACCACCUCCAACAUCCCUACCACCACCCCAUCCAGCGCCGUUACGACGUCCGCUUCUCCGUCCCAGGCUCCCCCAUCACAAUCGACUUCGACUCUUGUUGUCCCUCCGUCCACGACGAGCCACGCCUCGCCCACGACCAUCCCGACUCAGAUUGUCACGACCGACUCGGCUGGUCGCUCGGUUACGGCGUCCGCUUCCCUGGUCCUCUCGACCGAUGCUAACGGAAACAUUAUCACCGUGACGCAGUAUGUGCCCACGACUCACGCUCCGGGUACCGAGUCGUCGCACGGCGCCUCCAACUUCUUUGACAACACUGGUGCUGUGGCCGGUGUCUUUGUUGUCAUCGGUCUCGUGGUGACGGCAAUUAUUGUCACAUUCACGUUCAUCAUGCUGCGUCGCCGCCGCCGCCAGCGUCUCGACCGUGAUGUUGCCGCCGCCGCUGCUGCGGCUGCGGCUGCCUCGCACUCUCGCUUCGACGAGGAGGACGACCAGCCGAGCAUGACCCAGUAUGGAGGUUACUACACUGCCACCAACAGCGGUCACUCGGUCGACCAGCAGCAGGGCAACCUGCACCACGGUUACGACUACGAGGACCCCUCUGGCGGCUAUGACCCGUACGCCGCGCACCUUGUCGACGUGCCCCCUAUUGGUGACCGUUCGUCGACUGCCACUGCUCCCGGUCUUGCUGGAUUCGGCGCCACUUCGGCCACGUCCAACUACUACAACGGCCACCCGCACGACGUCGACUACUCGCAGGGUGACUAUGGCCACACAUAUGGCGACCCGCAGUACGACGUUGCGCACCAGUACGCCGCGCCAAUGCAGGGUCUUGCGCCUGUUGCCGAGAUGUCGGCAGAGGGCCACUCGGACCACCAGCACCAGCAGCAAAACUACUACAACAGCUAUGCCUACAACGAUGACCCGUACGAAGGCUACGCUGCGCCUGGUGGUGCGCUCCCUCGCCAGGACAGCUCUGGCAGCGUCGGCUCUCACGGCGAUCACCACGGCGGCCGGGACCUGACUGUCACAAACGCGUAAAAAGGCCUGGUAUGGUUGUGCCCCCUCCCUCUCUUUGUAGUAUAGAUCUUCUCUCCCACGGUUACGACGACGACGACGACGACUCUUGAACUCGAGGACAUUGUACCACCCCCUUCGAGAAGUAGGCCUCGAAUCGUGGAUGGUUGUUUGCUGGUCGUGUUUGCCGCGUGCGGCUUGCCGUGCCCCGAUUCCCUCCCUCCCUGGCGGAUACCCACUUUCCCUUAAUCGUUGCUCGGGUUCGCGCUUUGACGGACGGUUUGUACGGCUUGUAGUCGAGCAGAUGUCACAGUGCGCGGUGUG